GCGCAGUCUUCCGAACAGGGAGUCUUCCGCGUCCGGUUGCCAUAGAGAUCGCAGUUUCCCCCUCAGCCAGGAUCUUCAGUUGGGGUAAGGAGGUCCCCACCUUAGGUUGUGUCCUUGGAAACACUGAGGACUUUGGAUAUCCCAAAUGGCCAAACUACUGCAAUCUCCACCCAAGUUCCUUCCCGCAGAGUGGUAUAUUGCUAACAAAAGCCAGUACCACAGAGCAGAGGCCCAAAGGUCCCGAUCUGAACGCCUGGUGGCAGAGAGCCAGCGGCUUGUGGAUGAAAUCGAGAAGACCACCAGGAAGUCUCAGAGUGAUGUGAACAAGAAACUUGAGCAGAGACUCGAGGAGGUCAAGUUCUGGAAGAAGGAGUUAGACGACAAACUUGAACAGCUCGUGCACCAGACGGACGAUCUGCUCACAUACAAGAUUCGCCUGGAGAAAGCCCUGGAGAGCUUCAAGGAGCCCCUGCACAUCACCGAGCGGUGCCUGGCCUACAGGGAGCAGCGCGUGGGCAUCGACCUGGUGCGCGAUGUGGUGGAGCAGGAGCUCCUGAAGGAAGCCGAGAUCAUCCGCGGCGUCAUGGAUUUGCUGAAGCGAACGCUGGAGGAGACAACGGAGCAGAUCAGGCUGAAUCGCUCUGCCAAGUACAAUCUGGAAAAGGAUUUGAAGGAUAAGUUUAUGGCCUUAACUAUUGACGACAUCUGCUUCUCACUCAACAAUAAUUCACCAAAUAUCAAAUAUUCUGAGAAUGUUGUGAGAAUCGAGCCCAACUCGGUGAGCCUGGAUGACUGGCUGGACUUCUCUAAUACCAAUGUGGAGAAGGCAGACAAGCAGCGGAACAACUCGAUGGCGCUGAAGACCGUGGUGGACCGCAUCCUGUCCCAGACGGCCAAUGACCUGCGCAGACAGUGUGACGUGGUAGACACGGCAUUCAUAAAUGGGCUGAAGGAGACCAAGGAUGUCAGGGACAAACUGGCUGAUCAUCUGGCCAAGGUUAUGGAAGAGAUUGCUUCCCAGGAGAAAAACAUUGCCAGUCUUGAGACCGCCAUCUUGGACCAAGAAGGACCUGCUAAGGUCGCGCACACGCGCCUGGAGACCAGGACGCACCGGCCUAAUGUGGAACUGUGUCGUGAUGUUGCCCAGUAUCGACUGAUCAAGGAGGUUCAGGAGAUCAACCAAAAUGUUGCCAGGUUAAAGGAGACCUUGGCUCAGGCUCAGAUAGAGCUGAAGGCGCUGUACCGCAGGCAGCUGGCCCUGCAGGAGGAAAUCCAGGUUAAGGAGAACACCAUCUAUAUCGACGAGGUGCUGUGUAUGGCGAUGAGGAAGUCCAUCCCCCCUCGCGAUGGCGACGACCAUGGGUCCUGGGAGGGGGGCAUCCGAGCGGAGGCCAUCUGCUGUUAGAUGCUGUUCAGAUUCUCAUUAAACCACAUCAUACGACAA